AUGUCAGAUACCCAUGCUUCCUGCUCAGCUCUUGUCGACCAAAUCAUUGUGGAAGAAACACCUCACGUUGACAGCAGCAACGACUCUCCUUCCACUACCACCUCCACCUCCAAUGCAAGCACUUCUCAGAAUGAAACCAACCGGGAGAAUACCAACAAGAACAACACCAGCAGCCACAGCAAUGCAACCAAUACAAUCAGCAAUUCAUUACCGCCAUUAUCCACAACUUCUUUCGGCAAUGACAACUACAACGACUCCUCAUCCAAUGAAUCUAUCUCUCCAUGUGAUUUGAUGGAAACAACCGACUCUACAGAGAACAACCGACUCACAGAUGACGAAUUCAUGAUCAUUACGCAAACCAUAUAG